GUACCAUGAUCACGAAGAUGAUUGGCUCAGGGGGGAGGCUCAUCCCUUGUACUGCGGGUGGGCUGACCCCUGCGAUUUCCCCAAAGGCGGGAAACUUGGCUGCAGAUUUGGGGGGGGGGGCGGCUGUGCGCGCGCGCUCUCCCCCUGUGCUGGGUCGAAGACAGACGAGUCUGUGUCAGAGCGCUGCGGCAGCGCCCCUAGCGGCCCCAGUGACGUUUGAGGAUGUCGCAGUCUAUUUCUCGCCGGAGGAGUGGAAGGAGCUAGCGGAAUGGCAGAAAGAACUGUACUGGGACGUGAUGAAGGAGAAUUAUGAGCUUGUCACCUCGCUAGUAGAUGAUGAGAUUGUGAAUGAAAGUAUGGAGGAGAAGAACCAGGAGGAAGAUGCUGAAAACCUGCUUCCAGUCAAGACCUUUUCAGUAAAACCUGAAGAGAAAGUUUCCCAAAGUUCAGUGAAGGUGAAAAACUGCCUGAGUCAGAGCAAACUCCAGACAAUGCAGAGAAACUCUGCAGGGAACACGCAAGGGAUAUCCACAAACAGCACGGCUCAGCAGAAAGCCCAGGUGACAGAGAGACCAGACGCCCUUCAGGAAUGCAAGCGAAGCUGUGUGGAGAAGACAGAUCUCCUGAUACGACAGAGGAACCACAAGAGGGAGAGGCCGUUUCCCUGCAGUGAGUGUGGGAAAUGCUUCUCUCAGAAAGGGGACCUGAAGAUCCACCUGCGAAUCCACACGGGGGAGCGGCCGUACACGUGCACGGAGUGCGGGAAAAGCUUCACCCAGAGGGGAUACCUGAAGAUCCACCUGAGGCUCCACACGGGGGAGAAGCCCUUUCCAUGCACUGAAUGCGGGAAGCGGUUCCCGUCGAAGGGGGAUCUCAAAAUGCACCAGAGGAAGCACACGGGGGAGCGGCCCUUUCUGUGCAGUGAAUGUGGGAAGAGCUUCACUCGCAAGGUGGACCUCAAAGUCCACCAGAGGAAGCACACGGGGGAGAGGCCCUUUGCUUGCACGGAGUGCGGGAAGAGUUUUACUUCCAAGGGCUAUCUCAAGAUACACCUGGGACAGCACAAGGGGAAGAGGCCCUUCACGUGUCUGGAGUGCAGGAAAAGCUUCAUUUCCAAGGGCUCCCUCAAGGCGCACCAGAGAAUCCACACGGGGGAGACGCCCUUCACGUGCACCGAGUGUGCGAAGAGCUUCACCACCAAGGGCUAUCUCAAGAUACACCAGAGGCUACACACGGGGGAGACCCCGUAUCCCUGCCCCGAGUGCGGGAAGCGCUUCACCACCAAGGGCUAUCUGAAGAUACACCAGAAAAUCCACACGGACGGGACCCCCUUCAUCUGCAGUGACUGCGGGAAGAGCUUUGCCACCAUGCGAUAUCUCAAGAUGCACCAGAGGAGCCACACAGGGGAGACCACGUUCACCUGCGCGGAGUGUGGGGAGAGCUUCGCCCAGAAGGGCUAUCUCCGCAUCCACCAGCGGAUGCACACAGGGGAGGGCCUGUUCACCUGCUCUGACUGUGGGAAAAGCUUCACAGCCAAGUACCUGCGGAUCCACCAGCGAAUGCACACGGGGGAGCGGCCCUUCACUUGCACGGAGUGUGGGAAAAGCUUCACCGCAGAGGGGUCUCUGAAAAUCCACCUCAAGAUCCACAGCAGGGUACUGCUGAGUAUAUGCACCGACUGCGGGAAAAGCUUCUCCUCCAUGCGCUAUCUCAAGGUGCACCAGAAAACCCAUUCCCAAGAGCCAGUGACGCUACCCAGCGAAAGUGGGGACGGUUUCCCAGAGAAGGCGCUUGCCACCGUCCCUCAGAAAGCCCACAGAGCAAUGAUCUCAUUUACCUGCAGGGACUGCGGGAAAAGCUUCUGCCAGAAGUCUAAUUUAAUAACGCACCAGAAAGCCCACGCGCAGGAGAGACAGGUUCUCACACACAGGCCCAGCGCCGGCCCUGCUGCCGCUCCACCGAAGUCGCACCCUGUGAAUUUGGCUCAGGAAGUUUUAAGAGCAGGGAAAGAUCAUCUCGAGCCAAAUCCCUAUCCCCUGGUCAUGGAUUUAAAGCCCAGCUUCCAGUUUGCUCUGCAGACCUGUCCACUUUCCCCAGGAGUAAAUCUAGGUGUCUCUUGAGCUCAUGUGGCAGCCUGCUCCUGCUGACGAUGUAUCCCGUGUGGUUAUUGUUACCUUUUGCAUGAUGUAGCUCUGCCCAGGUUCCUCCAUUUACUCCCAAUUCCUAACCCCUAUUGCACCCUUCCAAGGUCCUGCAGUGCCCCAGGUGGGGACUCACAGGAGCCUUACAUGCUACCACAUCCUUUGGUUUUCCUCCUCUUCCGUCCAUGCAGCAUAGCAUCUGGUCUGGCUUUUUUUGCUGCAGCUUCGCAUUGAGCGGGUGAUUUCAAUGAUUUUAUCACAAUAAAUCCCACUCGCGUGCUGGGCGACUAGGGAUACUGAGCAUAGAUCCCCUCGCUCGCUUGCUUGCUCACACACUAAUUUCAUUGCACUGCGUUUCCGAUCAGUCAGUGCAGUCACCUACACGAUCCAAAUCCUUUACCACCCCGUGCCCAGAUCCGUGUCAUCUCCUCUGACUCUUUAGCAUCAUGUACAAACCCUGAGCUCGGGGGCUGUAUUCAUCCCACGUAUAACUUCCUUGGAGGUACCCCGGGGUGAAUUGGGACUUUUCCUUUUCAGAAGCCUCCAUAGGAUGGCAGAGGCCAUAGAAUCGACCCCGAGCCGCGCCACUCAUCAUCCAGUCUGUUGCUCCCCGUUGAUUCCUGUUCUGGGAGUGCCGAGUGUUAGAGAAAGUUCACUGAAAACCCACGUUAAUGUAACAGAUGAGCAAACCGCAGAGGCCAGGAACCAUCGACUUGUGCUCAGUGCACAGAAAGAUCCCUCCGGAGGAGAAAGGGCAGAACUUGGCAGCAAGCCCAGGCCAGAAAGAACAAAGGUUGGUUCUGGUGCUGGAAGAGCAGCGUGUGAGAAGAUCCACCUUCAGGGCCAAGGGAGACGUUGCACACGCAGCUGUCAGAUGUAUGGAGAGGGAGAAAAGCCAAAGUCACUGAAAUGGGGCCGGGGAGCCCGUGACAUUCAUCCAGUUAGGUCCCCCUUUAUUCUACAGCCGGGAGCUUGUAAGGGACCAAAGAGAGGUGGUAAACAGCAGAACUGCUGGCAAGGGGUCCAGGCUGUCCCUGGAGAAGGUGGAAGAGACAACAAGGAUCAUAAUAAUUACAGCUGGAAAAGAGAUGUGAGCUCAUCGAAGCGAAUGUGCCUGAGACCUGCCCCAGCCAGCUUCCUUCAUUCCUGCAUCUGUGUUUUAGGAGGCUCUGCUUCCCCGAGCACUGGGCUGGACGCGUUCCUGGGGGACACUGGGCGACUGGCUGAGAAGGAGGCGUUCUGCCCCUUUCUCAGGUUUGUUCCCACAGCAGCCGACGUUGUGCCAGGCUCCCCUGGAAAUUUGCAGUUACUAACUCUGGGCCUUCUCCAGUCAAGCGGUAGCAUCUUGUAGGGCCCUGUACUGAUACAGCCUCUGGGGCUGGGGCUGGCUUUCACUCAUCCUCACAGCCAGGCCUCUCCUGUGUCAGCUCCGCGUGGCGUGUCCUGGGGCCUGGAGCUGGUGUUCAGAGGGUCGGGUGUUCUGGCUGGUGCUCAGUGUCUCUGUUCCCGAUAUGGAAAUUCUCUCGGACACGAAGCUUGUGACUUCUCACACUUCCCGGCGAAUACCUCCCAGGAGUUUUUAACAUCUGUCCCGCAGGUUCCAGGGCUUGGAGAGCUGGUUCUCCCUGCUCCUUCACUGCUGCACAAGAAUCGUUCGAAGCAUCCUUGAUGUCUCCCAGUUGUCUGCACGCACCUCGGGAGCUGCCUUUGCUUAGAGCGUCUGUGGAUGUUUAUGGCUCAAGACAGCUCACGUGCUCAGGUGAUACUGGCAGGGCUGGGAGCGGGGAACUCCAGGGUUCUGACGGGCUCGGCUCCUGAUUCCCUGCAUGGCCUUGAGUCACCGCCCCUCCCUGUGCUCUGGUUUCCCUUUUGUAAAAGGCAGGUGGGGCCAGCUCUCCGGCCACAACAUGGAGCUAGUUACUCGGGAUCACAGCCCUGCAUGCUGAGCAUCACUCUGAGGGGAUGCAGAGAUCUUGCUGGGGAAAAUGGGUCACUCACGGUCCCCCGACCUCGAGGAUUCAAGACGUGACAUGUACUGGCUCCAAGGACUGGAAGCCAGCACUUUCACCUCUGACACUGGCUCAGUAUGUGACCAUGGAGAUGUCACAUUACCUGCUCUGUGCCUCAGUUUCCCUGUCUGGAACUAGGGUUGUGAGGACUAAUGUUGGUAUUUGGCUUUGAGAUGCACUGCUGGACGGCACUAGAGACAGGGCGAAUAUUAUCCUUACUAAGUAAUCUCUGCGGGAGAGGUUUGCUUCACUGCUCUCAGUUCCUAUGGGAACUUUCUACAUGUGUUUUCCUAAUGUGCCAGUUACCAAGAGAUCUGGGCACUAAACCCACAAAUUAAUAAAAAAUCAGGAGCCUCCUGCCUUCCCCUCAAUUGAACUAGUAACGCAACAGGUGGCAGAAUGAGUUCCUUGGAGCGACUGGGUCUUGCUGUAAAGGAAAUAUGGCCAGUCUAUCUUCCUCCUCCUCGGUAGCUUGGGGAGUCGGACACCCCAGGACUGGGAACAGAUUCACCUGACACCCUGCCUGGUUCCAUAGAUUUGCACUGAGCUGCGCUGCAAUAAGAGAUAAUGGGUAGGAAUAGCAGGCAGGGGGAGAAAGACACCACGAGUCAGAUUCUCAGCUGCAGUGAAUCAGCGUAGGGCUCCUGAAUUCAAUGGCGCUAUGCCAGUUCCCACCGAGAAUCCAGCCCCACGCUUCUGAACCCAGGAGAGCCUCACAUGGAGUCCUGUGACGGACACCCUGCCUCCCCUACCAGCCCUGGCUUGGGUGUCCACUGCCACUCAUGUACGGCGGAAGGGCCAAGGCAAAUAAGACUCUGCUACGCCAUUGACUGCCGUUAGGCUGGACAGAUGUGGCUGGCUCUGUGCACAUAGAUACCAUUGAUCAGCUAGACAGGGCUAGCCUGGGCUCCGAAAACCAGUCUGGGAACCUGCUGCGUAUUUCCAUGCACGUUGGAUGAGGCUGGGAGCAGGGAGGACAGGGCAUAGGACAAAAAGGGGGUUAAAUGAGAUUGUUGUAAUGAGCCCUAACUGAGUCAUCCUUCUCAAAGGAAACCUGCACAACGCUUUCAAAAGACGAGCCUGGGAGCUUAAAUCUCUAACUCUGCUAUGGGCUGAACAGAGACACUGGAGCCGUGGCUUAUUACAACCAUCUGUAACCCACUAACCCCUGCUUCUUGUCCUGUGACCGCAGAGGUGCUAACGGGGGACACUACCUUGCAUGGUCCCUGCAAAAUGCACUAGCUGCUUAUGCCGAACAGUCCGUCCCAGCUGGCGUUUAGCUGUGACGCUCCCAGUACAGGGCCCAGAGCUGCAGAAGAGCUCUGGGCAGGUCUACACUUCAAAUACUACGUCAGUGCCGCUGCGGAAGACCUCCCCCAGAGGCAGUAGUUGUGUUGGCAGGAGAAACUCUCCUGCUGACAUAGUGCUGCCUACACGGGGGCGUUAGGUGUGAAAACUCCACACCCCGAGUGACGUGAUUAUACCGAUAUAGGUCUGCAGUAUAGACCAGACCUCUGUGCAGCUCGAAAGCUUGUCUUUCACCAGCAGAAGUUGGUCCAGUACCAGAUAUAUCUCCCCACCUACACUAGAGGGUGAAAUUCACCCCGUGCAAAGCACCAGCACCAGGCCUGUGUCCCACAUCAGCUUCUGUGCUGCCCUCUGCCCAGGAGGGGAAUUUUACCUUUAUAUAUAUAUUUAUUUCUUAUUAUUGGAGAUACACCUAUCUCCUAGAACUGGAAGGGACCCCGAAAGGUCAUCGAGUCCAGCCCCCUGCCUUCACUAGCAGGACCAAGUACUGAAUUUUGCCCCAGAUCCCUAAGUGGCCCCCUCAAGGAUUGAACUCACAGCCCUGGGUUUAGCAGGCCAAUGCUCAACCCACUGAGCUACCCCUCCCACCUCUGCUGAGUGUUAGACCCAAAGGACGGAUGAUGCCAGGAGCUCGAUCAGUGAGGUUGAAAGGCCCAGACGUAGACAUUAAAGAACAGCCUGUGAGUGCUGUGGGGAGCCUCAGACAUGCUACACCAAUUCAUCGCCUGGCUAUUGGGCAGUUAAGACACCAGCAGAGAACACCUAGAUGCUAUGGGGGCAGGGCAGGGCAGACAAGACAGUUCCAGCAGUGCAGAGCUGAGGAAGGACGCUCAAUAGGACUGACAUAGAAUCGAUGAGUGCUGGGUUUGAGAAAUCCUUUGGUGAGAGAGGGAAAUUAGUUGAAUAUUGAAUUUGCUCCAUUUACAAAGAGCCAUUACAGCAAAUAUAGGAAGUGGAUGUUAAUAUUCUAAUCUGGAAAAAGGCCAUAAAUUCAGGCAACUGACCGAUGGGUUUUCAAGAGCACGUGGUUUUAAAGCCUCAUCAUAAAUCUUAAAAAGACAAGCUCUGGGAAAGCCCCAGGAUGUAAGAACUUAAGAUCCUAUGUGGUUUCUCCUUUUAAGUUGUUCUGUGGAUCUUAAAGGUAAAGUUUUGGUAUCUAAAUCUUUCCAGAGAGGGUCUGGAGAUGCCUCAAGAAAUGAGAACUGGCUCAGAGGAAAUGGCAGGACCAGAAUCCAGAAGCCCAUCUGGGUUACAGUAAAUGGAACAUGGGUUAAACAAGAUGGUAAGAAGCAGCAGAAUAGGGUGAACUGUCAAAAGCCGGAGCAGACUCUGAGCAUAUGUGUGAGGAAAACAGGCACAUGGAGCUUGGUAGCUGUGAUUCCUGACGCAUCACUUUUUUUUUUCUCGUCCUGGAGGAAACACAGCGUAAAGCCAUUUGAUGCCUUAACGUAAUGGGCUCGAUCAGUCCUUGAAACUGGAAAUAAAGUGGCCUCUUUGUGAGUUUGUUUGAGGGUGACGUCCGAGGUUCAGAAAGGGUCAUGAUGGUUUCCAGUGUCUUCAGUGUUUGAUGAGUGAUUUCGGGUUUUUCUAUUUUACCAUUGCAGGGACUCCGUGAUAAGGGGCCAAGCCCGUUCUCAUUUACAACAAUGUAAAUUCCACAGGGAGGGUCAGGCCAACGUCCACUGAGGCCAAUUUAAGGGCUCCCACUAACUUCCACAGCAUUGGAUCAGGACUAAACUCCACUGCAGUCAGGGAAGUUGCUCCAUAAUUCAGUUGCUGCGUGGAAGAGUGGAAUCUGGUCCCAGAGUGUUAAUUUUUCUUGCCAAAGGGGAUAGGAGAAAUGUGUUUCUUUAACCUACUGAGAAGGUGAGGCAAGGAGUGUAAACAGAAACGUUUGAAUGUAAAUACGGAGAGGACACAUCGCAUGGGUUUCUGAUUGUAAUUGUUUUCUUUUCAUGCGUUGUAUUGUCAGUCUCUCUACAAGGUAAAUAGGGAGAGGCUGGGUAAAGCCAGGCCCCAGGCGUGCCUCUGUUGGAAUCAGUGGGACAGGGUUUCACUUUUCAGUCUGAUCCUUGGGAUUUGUUUUCCAGGCAUGAUCACAGGUUUUCCAAGUAUGGGUCUAGUUAUUUCGUCUGACCAAGUACGAGUUGAGGCUACACAGUCGCACUGUGAGAAGCAGAGAGAAAGGGGAACGUCAGAUUUAGGGUCCUAUUAUCUUCAUUGCUCAGCCAGGAAGGGGAGUAGAGGAACAGAGCCCCCAAACAUGUUAAUGUGAUGCUGUCCACUUCCCACCCGAGCCAGAGGAACCCUUUCCCACGUGGUAGCUUGCUGCAGGGUUUAGAGCUGGAUUGCGGGGAAAGGUCCUUUAUUUCCCCUAUGGUUUUCUAUAGUGCUAGAACUUUUUGCAAAGCGUAUAAAAACUAGUUCUGUGUAGGCUAUUAGAGUAGGAGAGCACCAACGUGUAUGCUUCUGCUGUGCUGUUGAUUCUAUAAAGCUACUGUUCCCAACGUUACGCAGAACAUGAAAUAGAAUGUAACAACAUUUCAGGUUCGGGGGUAAAGUAGGUCUGAAAUAUUGGCACUUAAUUAUCUUCCUAAACAAAAUAAUUCAACUAGUUUUAUAAGGAAUGAACAUCUUCCUUACAAGAGAAUUUGUAUAUUUAAUAUAUUCUUUUUGUUGAUUGCUUUGAAGAUAGAUCUCAGAAGAAAAGGUCUGCAAAUCUUAGACUGCUACAAUCUGUAUAACUUAGAUGAACAUUUUGAUUUUUUUCCUUUUGUCAACGUCACCAAUAAAGGCUUGUUUCUUUUA